CUCCUGACUCACAGUCGUGCCGCAGUUCCGCGCUGCUUUGACGUUUCGUUUGAUAAUUUAUACUUCGUAUAAUAAAAGAUCGACUGCCGGUCGAUAAAUACGAAUCCUUACAGCGCCGGCUACGCUAUUACAUUGUUUACUUUUAUUACAAGUGUUAAUUGGUAGUUGCUUGAAUUCCCAUAGCAUAUAAUUGUUUCAUUCUGCUGAAGAGCUGAGGUCUAAGACCGCAUUCAGUGGCAUUUUUGUAAUUAUUGAAUUAUUAGCACGGUGAAUAUCACAUCACAAGGUGAAAAUGCCGGGUGCGGUGAUGAACGGAAGUCGAGCAGGAAAAUCGGACGACAUCGUGUUGACUGGAUUGUCGGGUCGCCUCCCUGAGUCCAAUAAUAUCGAGGAGUUUGCACAGCAGCUUUUUGAUGGGGUCGACCUCGUUACAGCCGAUGACCGACGCUGGACUCCCGGCUUACAUGGUUUACCGGAGCGCAAUGGUAAACUAAAGGACCUCGCCCACUUCGAUGCCACAUUUUUUGGCGUGCACGCAAAACAAGCACAUCUGAUGGACCCGCAGCUGCGGCUGCUGCUAGAGUUGACGCACGAGGUGAUCAUCGACGCGGGCCUCAAUCCUUCCGAGCUGCGCGGCUCGCGCACCGGCGUAUACGUCGGCGUGUCCAAUUCGGAGACCGAAGAGUUAUGGACGGCCGACCCGGAUAAGAUCAACGGCUACGCGCUCACCGGCUGCUGUCGAGCUAUGUUUCCCAAUCGCAUAUCGUACACUUUCGAUCUGAAGGGUCCCUCCUACGCCAUCGACACCGCUUGCUCGAGCUCGAUGUUCGCGUUGGCGCAGGCCGUGAACGCGAUGCGCACGGGCCAGUGCGACGCGGCCGUGGUCGCCGGUACCAACCUGUGCCUUAAGCCAGCCAACUCGCUCAACUUCCAUCGCCUGAGCAUGCUGUCACCGGAGGGUCGCUGCGCGGCGUUCGACGCCAGCGGGCGCGGCUACGUGCGCUCGGAGGCGGCCGUGGCCGUGCUACUUCAGCGUCGCGGAGCCGCCCGGCGCGUAUACGCCACCGUUCGCGGUGCGCGAAUGAACACCGAUGGCAGCAAGGUCCAGGGUAUCACCUUCCCCUCGGGCGACAUGCAGCGUCAACUCGCCACGGAGACUUUCGCGGAGGCGGGCCUGCGACCUCAAGACGUAGUCUAUGUCGAAGCCCACGGGACUGGCACGAAGGUGGGCGACCCGCAAGAAGUUAAUGCAAUCGCAGAGUUGUUCUGUAAGGACCGCAAAGGCCCCUUAUUGUUGGGCUCGGUUAAAUCUAACAUGGGCCACUCGGAACCCGCCUCCGGUCUAUGUUCCAUUGCCAAAGUGGUGGUUGCCAUGGAGCGCAGUAGUAUCCCGGCCAACCUGCACUACAAGGAGCCUAACGCCGACAUACCGGCGCUCAGCGACGGCCGCAUUAAGGUCGUGGACCGCAACACGCCUUUCGAGGGCGGGCUCGUGGCGGUGAACUCGUUCGGCUUCGGCGGCGCCAAUGCGCACAUCAUCCUGGAGUCCGAGCGCGCCGGCCGGCCCGCGCCCGCCAGCUACGCCUCGCCGCGCCUCGUGCUGGCCUCGGGCCGCACCGAGGACGCCGUGCGCGACCUGCUGGCGCUGGCCGCCGAGCACCCGCGCGACGCCGAGCUGCACGCGCUGCUGGACGCCGUGCACGCGCACAACGUGCCCGGACACGCGCAUCGCGGCUUCCGUCUGCUCGCCGACGCGCCCAUGGAGGAGAUCUCGGAAGUGGAGAGCGGCGAGCCUCGCCCGAUCUGGUUCGUGUUUUCGGGCAUGGGCUCGCAGUGGGCCGGCAUGGCGCGCACGUUGCUGCGCCUGCCCGUGUUCGCGAACAGCGUGCAGCGCUCGGCCGCGGCGCUCAAGCCGCACGGCAUCGACUUGCUGCACGUGCUGUCCGACGCGCCGGAGUCCGCCUUCGACGACGUCGUCAUGUCCUUCGUGUCCAUCGCAGCCGUGCAGGUCGCCCUCGUCGACGUUCUGCGCGCUGUCGGAAUCCGACCGGACGGCAUCGUCGGUCAUUCCGUGGGCGAAAUCGGUUGCGCGUAUGCGGACGAGACCCUGACAGCGGAACAGGCCGUGCUCGCGGCAUUUUGGCGAGGUCGCAGCAUCGUGGACGCGAAACUGCCUCCCGGCGCCAUGGCGGCGGUCGGGCUCUCAUGGGAGCAGUGCGUGGCGCGCUGCCCCUCCGACAUAGUGCCCGCUUGCCAUAACGCUGCAGACAGCGUCACGAUAUCGGGGCCGGUGGAGUCGAUCGAGAAGUUCGUGGCGACGCUGGCGGCCGAGGGCGUGUUCGCGCGGCGCGUCAACAGCUCGGGCGUGGCGUUCCACAGCAAGUACAUCGCGGCCGCCGCCCCGCAGCUGCGCCGCAGUCUCGAGCGCGUCAUCCCCAGCCCCAAGCCGCGCUCCGCGCGCUGGCUGUCUUCCUCGCUGCCCAAGGAUCAAUGGAAUUCCGAAAUAGCCAAACUGAGCGACGCCGCGUACCACGUGAACAACCUGCUGUCGCCCGUGCGCUUCGCCGAGGCCGUGCGCGAGGUGCCCGAGCGCGCCGUGCUGGUGGAGGUGGCGCCGCACGCGCUGCUGCAGGCCGUGCUCAAGCGCGCCCGCCCCGCGCCCGCCGCCGCGCACGUGCCGCUCGUGCGCCGCGACGCGCCCGACGCCUGCGCGCACCUGCUGGCCGCGCUGGGCCGCCUGUACGCCGCCGGCGCGCAGCCGCGGCCCGGCGCGCUGUACCCGCCCGUGGCGUGGCCCGUGUCGCGCGGCACGCCGGGGCUGGCGUCGCGCGUGCGCUGGGACCACUCGGUGGAGUGGAGCGUGGCGCACUACGGCGCCGCGCGCUCCGGAGAGAACGUCAUCGAGUACGACCUCUCCAAGAACGACGACUCCUUCGUCGCCGGCCACAACAUCGACGGCAGGAUUCUGUUCCCCGCCACGGGAUACCUGACUUUGGUUUGGAGAACUAUGGCGAAACUGCAUAACAAAAAACUUGAAGAAACCCCGGUGAUACUUGAAAACGUUCAGUUUAAGCGCGCGACGAUCAUGUCCCGCGACGCGCCGGUCCGCUUCCUCAUAAACAUUCUGGAGGGCACGGGCGAGUUCGAGGUGUGCGAGGGCGGCGCCGUGGCCGUGACGGGCAGCGUGCGCGUGCCGGCCGCGCCCGCCGCCGAGCGCCUGCCCGCCGCCGCCGAGCCCGCGCGCGCCGAGCCCGACCUGCUGCCGCUCGUCACCGACGACAUCUACAAGGAGCUGCGCCUCCGCGGCUACAACUACGGCGGCAUAUUCCGCGGCAUCCGCACCUCCGACCCGCGCGGCACCGCCGGCACGCUCGCCUGGGACGACAACUGGAUCUCAUUCAUGGACACCAUGCUCCAGUUCGGUAUCAUCGGCGUCGACACGAGGGAGCUGUACCUGCCCACGCGGCUGCAACGCGCCGUCAUCGAUCCGACAGCGCAGGCGGCCGCCGUCGCCGCCGCCGCCGAUGGAUGCAUACCGGUGCGCAUGCGUCGCGACAUCGACACCAUAUCCGCCGGCGGGGUCGAGUUCCGCGGCGUGAAGACCAGCCUGGCGCCGCGGCGCGCCAACGCGCAGGCCGCGCCGAAGAUCGAGAAGUACGUGUUCCUGCCGUACGACAACGCCACCGUGGGCACGGAGGACACGUCGCGGUCGAAGCGCGACGCGCUCACGGUGAGCCUGCAGCUCGUGCUGGAGAACGUGGGCGCGCUGCGCCUCAAGCUGGCCGAGGCGGCGCUGGAGCGCGCGGCCGAGGCGCUGCUGGCGCCGCUGGCGCUGGCCGUGCUGGAGGGCGAGCCGCAGGUGCGCGUGGAGAGCGCGCUGGCCGCCGGCGCGCAGGCCGCGCCCUACGCCGCCGCCAUGCAGCCGCACGGCAUCAAGGUGACGACCAAGGAUGCUCGCAAUGGUCCGCCAGAUUCGGACUGCCAUCUAGUUAUAGCGGCGGACGUUCUGUCUCGACACGGCGCGCCGGUGCUCGCGAAUCUUACCGGUGCGCUGGGUGAGGCCGGUCUCAUACUUCUCGAGGAGCCGCACGGCUCGCUCGACGAGCGAGGAGCCGCCAAGAUGAUCGAAGAGGCCGGGCUCGGCGUAGUGUCGCGCCAAGUAGCCGCCAAUUGCGAGUACGUGUUGCUACGGCGCCUCCCCGCGCUGCCCAAGGGGCGCGUCGUGGUGGAGAUCGGUGAGGACGGCAAGUACGCGUGGGUGGAAACACUGCGCGAGGCCAUGCAGCGCGCGGAGAGCGAGCCGUUGCGCGUGUACGCGGUGUCGCGCUCGGCCAGCGCCGGCGUGCUCGGCCUGGCUACGUGUCUUCGCGGUGAGGCCGGCGGGCGCUCCUUGCGCGUGUUCUUCCUCCCUAACGCAAAAGAACCCUUCGCGCCCGAAGCGCCAGCCUACGCGUCGCAGGUGCGCAAGGACAUCGCAGUCAACGUGUUGCGCGCCGGUGUCUGGGGCUCCUACAGGCACCUGCCGCUAGCGGACACGACCGACGCUCAACUGCAGGUCGAGCACGCCUACGUCAACACGCUGACCCGCGGAGACCUGUCGUCUCUGCGCUGGAUAGAGAGCGAGCUGCGCUUCGCGCACGCGCGGCCGACGCCGGCGCGCUCGGAGCUGUGCCGCGUGUACUACGCGCCGCUCAACUUCAGGGACAUCAUGUUGGCCACCGGCAAGCUGCCGCCGGACGCCUUGCCCGGCGACCUCGCCGGACAGGAGUGCAUUCUGGGUCUGGAGUUCAGCGGUCGGUCGACAGACGGAAAACGAGUAAUGGGUAUGGUUGCAGCGCGAGGUCUCGCGACGACGGUCAUGGCCGAUCGAGGCUUUCUGUGGGAAGUGCCGGCAACUUGGUCGCUGGAGGAGGCGGCCACGGUGCCGGUGGCGUACGCCACGGCGUACUACGCGCUGGCGGUGCGCGGGCGCAUGCGGCGCGGCGACGCCGUGCUCGUGCACGCGGGCUCGGGCGGCGUGGGGCAGGCCGCCAUCGCCAUCGCGCUGCACGCCGGCUGCAGCGUGUUCACCACGGUGGGCACGCCCGACAAGCGCGCCUUCCUGCGCUCGCGCUUCCCCGCGCUGCCCGACGAGAACAUCGGCAACUCGCGCGACACGUCGUUCGAGCAGCUCGUGCAGCGCCGCACGCGCGGCCGCGGCGUCGACCUCGUGCUCAACUCGCUCGCCGGAGACAAGCUGCUGGCCUCCGUGCGCUGUCUGGCCAACGGCGGCCGCUUCCUCGAGAUCGGCAAACUCGAUCUGUCAAAUAACACGGCGCUGGGCAUGGCGAUCUUCCUGAAAAAUACGACCUUCCACGGCAUCCUCCUGGACGCGCUGUUCGACGCGACUUCCGAGAACGAAGAGAAACAGGCGGUCAUGCGUUGCGUGACGGAGGGUAUAGCAAACGGUGCCGUGCGUCCGCUGCCUUCCACCGCUUACACCGACCAGCAGCUGGAACAGGCCUUCAGAUACAUGGCCACGGGCAAGCACAUCGGCAAAGUGCUGCUGCGCGUGCGCGAGGAGGAGGCGGGCGGGGCGCGCCCGGCGCACAAGCUGGUGUCCGCCAUCCCGCGCACCUACCUGCAUCCCGCGCGCAGCUACGUACUCGUCGGCGGUCUGGGCGGCUUCGGUCUGGAACUCGGGCAGUGGUUAGUGAUGCGCGGUGCUACCGUGCUCGUCUUCAACUCGCGCAGCGGCGUUCGCACCGGAUACCAGUCUUGGUGCAUCCGCAGAUGGCGCGAGAAGGGCGUGAAGGUGGCCGUGUCGACGGCGGACGCGACCACGCCGAGCGGCGCGCGCGCGCUGCUGCGCGAGGCGGCGGCGCUGGCGCCCGUGGGCGGCGUGUUCAACCUGGCCGCCGUGCUGCGCGACGCCUUCCUCGAGAACCUCACGCCGGACGACUUCCGGGCCGUCGCCAGGCCCAAGAUCGAUGGAACGAAAGCGUUGGACGCGGCAACGCGCGAGUUGACUCCGGAACUCGACUACUUCGUUGUGUUCUCGUCGGUGUCUUGCGGGCGCGGUAACCCCGGACAGAGCAAUUACGGACUCGCGAAUUCCGCUAUGGAACGAAUCGUGGAGCAGCGGCAGGCGGACGGGCUGCCCGGCCUGGCCGUGCAGUGGGGCGCCAUAGGCGAGGUGGGCCUGAUCGUGGAGACCAUGGGGGGUGACGAAGCGGUGGUGGGCGGAACCGUCCCGCAGCGUAUCGCUUCCUGCAUGGAAGCGCUGGGAGCGCUACUGGCGCGCCCGCACGCGGUUGCCGCUUCCAUGGUGCUGGCCGACAAGCGACGAGCCGCCGCCACGCCGCAGCAGGACCUCUUGCAUGCCGUCGCCAACAUCCUCGGUAUCAAAGACCCCAGCAAAGUGUCCGACUCGGCGAACCUCGCGGAACUCGGCAUGGACUCGCUGAUGGGUGCGGAAAUAAAGCAAACGCUGGAGCGGGGAUACGACGUAGUGCUGGGUGUGCAGGAGAUCAGAGGGCUCACGUUCGCGAAACUGCGCGCCCUCGGCGGCGGCGACGGCGACGCAGGAGCGGGGGCCGCGCCGCCUGCAGCCGAGCCGGCCGCCACCGAGCUGGUGCAGUUCGCCGCGCACGGGGAACUCAUGCCCAAGCAGGUCGUCGUCAAACUGCCGAGCGCCUCUACCUCGGACGACGCGCUGCCCGUAUUCAUGGUGCACCCGAUCGAGGGAGUGGUGGACUCGCUGCGCGGGCUGGCGGCCGGCGUGCGCGGGCCGGUGUACGGGCUGCAGUGCACGGGGGCGGCGCCGCUCAGCGACAUGGCGGCGCUGGCGCGCUUCUACGUCACGCACAUGCGCGCGCUGCAGCCGCAGCCGCCAUACACGCUGCUCGGGUACUCCUUCGGAGCGGGGGUCGCCUUUGAGAUGGCCUUGCAGCUCGAACAGGCGGGUUGCGAGACGCGCCUGGUUCUGGUUGAUGGCUCCCCGGCAUACGUCGCCACGCAUACGACGCGCGGUAAAAAGAAGAGAGCGACGCGAACCGCACAGAGCGACGAGGCCGAUGCGCUCGCUUAUUUCGUUCAACUUUUCAAGGACGUCGACGCCGUCAAGGUGUCGUCGGAACUGGAGCGGCUCGGCAGCUGGGAGGAGCGCGUAAAGCGCACGACCGCGCUCGUAUCUGGCGCCACCACACACGACGUGGACGCGCUGUCAGCCGCCGCUGCUGCCUUCUACCGCAAGCUGGUGGUGGGAGACGCGUACCGGCCGGCCGGCAAGCUCGGCGCGCCCGUCACCCUCUUCACGGCCAGCGAUAACUACGUGGCGCUAGACGAGGACUACGGGUUGGGUGCCGUGUGCUCCGGCGCGCUAGCCACGCACCGGUUGCCCGGCAACCACCGCUCCAUCCUGGCCGGCACCGCGGCCGCCGCUAUCGCCGACCACCUGUCUGGCAUGCUCGCCAAGCACUAGUGCGGCUCGAUGUGUACGCGGCGACCGUCUCUCGGCGGAGUAGUGAUUGUAAACAUAGAACACACAUAACACGUCUUGACGGAAGCCAAUUUCGAAUAAUUAUCUCUACGUAAAUGUAAACAUGAUCUGUCGGGUCGGUCGUGGCUUGUUUUAUAUACGCACUGUAUGGAGUACAUAAGACUAUGUAUCGAAACAUAUCUCUGCACGACGUCUCGAAAACUUAAACAUUGUACGUAGAUAUAGAAAAAUAUAUUUCGUGGAAGUGUCAACCUUUUAUAAGUAAAAAAAUCAUAUUAAAUUCGAUAAAGCGAUGGUCGUGAGAAUGACGUCCUUCCGUUGGGUAUGACAAAGGAUGUUUUAUGUAUUUAAUAUAGUUUAAGUGCAAUAGCCUCUCUAUUUAACUAUGCGGGGUAAUUAGUAGAAUUUGUAAUUAUAGAUUAAAUUACUACACAGUAGAGCUUGGCUCGCCGCUUGUGAUACGAUAUUCCGAUACAUUCCGACACGGCGCGCUCGCUCCGCCGCGACAGUCGCGCCACAGUCGCGCGACUGUCGCGGCGCCAGAGCGACCGCGCUUGGCGCCCUUAGUAUAUAAUAAGUAGGUGUAAGUAGUUAGUUCCUGUGUGUGGUUGUUGUGGUAAUUUAUUUAUAGCAGAACUAGCGCAAGUGCUCUGUGAUUAAAAAUGCAUUAUUUUUGAUAA